AUGGGCUACAACACCAUUGCCAAGCGGCUUGGUGAGAAGGCCCAUGAUGACCCCUGUGAGCCGUUGCUGCCACAGCUAGUCAGAAGCUGCACCAUGGCCAAGCCGGGGACCGACAGAGAUGGAGCCAUGGUGGAAAAGAUGACCGGGAAGAAGAAUCACUGUUGUGUUGUUUUUCUUCUGUGUAAAGAUAAAAUCUCCCCAUUUACCAAAACGCCGAAGCUGGAUCGGAGUGAGAUUAUGGGGAAGCCGAAGUCUUCCAUGAAACGCAAGCUCUCCUUCAGUGUCAGUCCGCCCUGUAACGAGAAACGGGACUCAGACACAGAUAAAGAUGGUCCUGAUAAGAAGAGGGUAAAAAAGGAGUCUGGGGGUAAGAAGUCCACCCCUGUGAAUAUUUUGUUUGGUUACCCACUGUCUGAACGCUUGCAGAUGGCCCUGGUGAUGCAGAUGACAGCAAGGGACAACAGUCCAGACACAACGCCAAGCCAACCCUCCCAAGCUCCAAAGAUGCCAAAUAACUCCCCUUCGCGUCAGAAAGACAAGGUGAACAAGAGGAAUGCGCAUGGAGAAACACCGCUGCACAUGGCUGCCUUCAGAGGGGAUGUCAAACAAGUCAAAGAGCUGAUUGGACUAGGGGCUGAUGUAAAUGUGAAGGAUUUUGCAGGAGCUGAGGUGAACACACGGGGAUUGGACGAUGAUACCCCUCUUCAUGAUGCCUCCAGCAGUGGACACAAAGAUAUUGUGAAGUUACUCUUGCAGCAUGGAGGAAAUGCUUUCCAGGCAAACACGAGAGGCGAGCAGCCGGUGGACUUUGCUGAUUCUCAGGAGGUUGAGCAGUUACUAAAGGGGGAGAUCCCAUUGUCUGACCCAGAUGACAGCUCUUCAAAUCUACACUACAUUGCCAAAGACUCUGAGGACCCUCCGUCAGUCAACCGCUCUAGUGUAGAUGAGAAUAUGGAGUACUCAGACACCGAAAUGGACUCUGAUGGCAAAUAUGAGUUCAAGGACGAGGAAGAGGAGGAAGACCUGAGCAAGGCCCUAAAUGACAGAUACAUCCUGAGACGAGAAACGCGUCAGAAAGAGAAGGAGGAAAAAAACCAUUACACACCCAAACAGACCAACAAGAGUGAUCAGACAACGUCAUCCUGCAAAUUAAAAAAGCCAAAGUCAUCCCGAGUCCUCUACAGCAGUUCAGAUAGCUCCAACAAUGAAAUGGAGGCUCCAUCAGAACGAAAGUGUUCACCGACCAGGUCACUCUGCAACGAUACUCACAAAACAGAAAGCAGGACAAAAAGAGAAAGCUUAACCCUAAUGGCAUCAGAAAAAGUUAAAGCGAACAAAAAGAAGAAUAAGAGCCAAAGCAAAAACAAGGAAAAUCAAGAGGUUCAAGAGGACGGAAAAGAAAACAGCAAGUCUCUUCUUUUUUCUAUAGCGACAGUGUCUGCCAACUCUGAUAAAAGUGUUCAAGAGGAAAACUCUUUCAAAAUGUCCUUCAGCCCAAAGGACGAUUCGUCAGUGCAUCUUUUUCACUUGUCGGCUGUGAAAUCCCCAAAGCUCAAUUACAGCCAAACUGACAAGCAGAUGACUCCAUUAAAACAGGAAAAUGAUAAGACUUUUGUCUCCAUUGGAGAUGGAUCCUGCAAUAUGGAUAGUGUCAAGUAUAACCACUACACAGAUUCAGACUACACAGAAGGUUCCAGUAGUAAGAGCUCUAUGCACAAGGACAAAAGCAAACAUCACUAUAAGGAACACAGCUUGGAAGGAGAUGACCGAAGCUCCAGCCCUUUUAAAGAUGCCAGUUUAAGCAACAGUAUGGAUGGCUCUGAAGGAGCCUUCAGGAAGGCUGACAAAGAUGGUAAGGUUGUCAAGAAGCAUAAGCUAAAACACAAGGAGAUGGACAAGUGCAGGAAAGACUACGAGUCUGAUAGGAAUUGGCAUCGCCAUAAAAAACUACGGAAAGAUGGACAUAGGAACAUGCAGUUUGACCGAGAAUUUUGGAAGGAGAAUUUCUUAAAAAGUGAUGAGAAUGAAGAACUUAAAGGGAAAUGUGAGACACCAGGCAGUUGCUCUCCUCAGAAGUCCCUUGACUCAUCACCAAUUAAAGAAGAAAAUGCCACUUUAAAAGACAAACACUCGAUCUGCAACAGCAUUAAGGAGAGAAAACAAAAAGACGAGCGAGAGAAAGACAAACUCAUAAAAAAAGAGAAGAAAGAGGUGGCAUAUAAAGAUGCUCAAGGAGGAAAGGACUGGAAAGGGGCUGAAAAUGAUGACUGGACAGAAAGUCUUAACUUGUUACGGAAGCCUGAAGACUCUCUUCCAAGUCCUUGUGUUAAAGAGGAGGUAGAAGACAGGCCUCUAACUGGAAACUUGGUUGAUCACAAUCAGCUAGAGACCACAGAGAAGAGCUCUAGAGAGAGAAAUGAUAAACGGCUACCCACGAAGGUCCGACAAUCUGAAAAAGAGCGGCACAAGGAAAAGGACAAGGAUAAAGAGAGGUCACAGCAGAGUAGGGACAGCAAACUCGGUAAAGCAAAGCCUGUUGAGUCAGAGUUGGACAGGUCCAAAUCCAAAGCCUCCUCUGCACAAAAGGAAACCCGUCCCAAUGUGAAAAGAUUGGGUAAUGAUGACCUCAUGCAGACCAGCUUUGAACAAAUGUUUAGCCUGAAGGAUCAGGAGAUUGAGCAGUGGCGUAAGAAACACUUGGAAAAGAUCAAGCAAAAAGCGAGGGAAAGGCUGAAACAACGGCCAGGAGCCGACUCUGGGAAGCAGAAGAACAAAGAUAAAGCAAGAAUUUCCACUUCCAGUGAACCAAACAAAGAACUCUUGCACUCCAAGGGCUCAGAAACCCCAGAGGUUUCCAGUCGUGAGAAAAUCUUAAAGGAUGCAACUAAUGGAAGGACGCUUUCACUAGAUGUGAAGAUUCUCUCAUGUUUUGGAAAGACUGGGCUUAUACCUGAAGCGGAACAUUCUGUCGGUGUUGAGGAUGCAAGUGGUGGUUCAAGCAGUCAGUUUGCAUGUGUAUCUAACUCUCAAGAUACUUCAGUAAAAGAUUUUGCAGAUCAACAAACUAGCCUUUCACAAGCCAGCAGUUUGUUGCCAACUACAGUAGAGGUCAGCAAGCUAAACAUGGAUACUUCACCAGAGCAACUUGACAGCUCUGACACAGAAAUGACAGACGGCUCAAACAGAAAUUCCUCGUUAGCACCUGUGUCCCAGGUUGCAUCAGCUGCAUCCUCACAGUCAGAUCAAAGCUUCUCCACCAAAACACCUACACAUUCAAUUAGCCUGAAGUGGCAUUCUGUCGCAGAACCCAAUAAUAACCACCCAGCAAGGACAGCCGUUGAUUUGGGACUAGAGCAAAGAGCAAGAAGUCUGUCAGUGGGUCCUGAAAGUAUAAUGGAGGUCAGAUGCAUGGAGAACAUUUCUGGUGGGAGCAGAAUGGAUUGGACAUCUAGCCAAGCUCCAUCCAUAAGCUCUUGUAGGAUCAGUUCUGAGGAGUCUACUAAAACAAUUCCAUGUGCAGCCAGUGUGGUCAGAGAUUCUCAGCCGGUUACAGAAAAGAUUUCGCAAGAUGACUGCAAGUCAGGUCUCUUCAAUGAGAACGCAGGUGCAGCUGAUGGACAGCUGGAGACAAACGAGCAUAGUUUGCCUCUCCCUUCAAUUUCAAAUGUCCCUCAUUGUGCUAGUCCUGAACAGACAGCUGAAGAGCCAAUGGAAGUAUCCAGGGAAGAGCCAGACAAUAGCCAGGUCAUUUCCGAGACACAAAUAGAGAAAGCGGUGACAACAGAGGAUGCUGCUCAAACCCAACUUCCCUCGCAUGCUAAAGCACAUGUCGAUGUGGAGAUGCCAGAUCCGCGUGCUGUUGAAGAGAAAUCAGCAAAGCCAGAUACUCCAUCAGAUGGAGAUCACAGUCUGGGUUGCACUAGGAUUCAACUCGAUUGUCAUUCAGAAAUAACCAGUGGAGCAACAUCUGGAAGCUCUUCUCCAUUGUCAGUGGCAGACAGUGAUUCGACUGGAACCAGGAAAAAAGUGACACCUCUAGAUAACGAGGUUGACCUCCGGGUCGCUCAUUCAAGGAAACAAAACAUGCCCAGAAUUUCUCCUUCAACCCAAGCCAGCCUUUCAGCCCAGCAGAUCAAGGAAAAGACCCAGCAGUCUUUGGCAGAAAUCGUGGACUCGCUAAAGCUUGAGGAAUUUCAGCCCUACCAGACAGAAAGAGCUAACCCUUAUUAUGAGUUCCUGCACAUACGCAGAAAGCUUGAGGAGAAGAGGAAAGUGCUAUGUAGCAUCAUUCCUCAAGCACCACAAUACUAUGAUGAUGUUACAUUCAAUGGGUCCUACUUGCCUGAUGGGAAUCCGCUGAGCAAGCUCUGUAUUCCAACGAUAACACCACCACCCUCACUACCUGAACCACUAAAAGAGAUGUUCAAAAAGCAGGAGAUUGUGCGCAUGAAGCUCCGCUUGCAGCACAGCAUUGAAAGGGAAAAGUUGAUUGUCUCCAAAGAGCAACAAGUCCUGCAUGUCCAUUAUUGUGCUGCAGGAACGUUAGCCAAUCAGACACUACCCUUCAGUGCUUGCACGGUCUUGUUGGACGCAGAAGUAUACAACAUGCCCCAGGAUGUACAGGGAGAUGAUGGGAAAACCUCAGUGAGAGAUCGGUUUAACGCGAGACAGUUCAUGUCUUGGCUUCAGGAUGUGGAUGACAAAUUUGAGAAGUUAAAGACAUGUCUCUUGAUGAGGCAGCAGCAUGAGGCCGCAGCUAUUAAUGUCCUUCAGCGAUUAAAGUGGCAGCUGAAGCUACAGGAGCUGGACCCUGCCACUUACAAAUCAACCAGCAUCUUUGAAAUCCCAGAGUUUCACAUCCCACUUGUCGAGGUCAACGAUGUUUGACCUCACUCCGACAUAACAGCAGUGAGUCGGUGGUCAGAUAGUAAAGAACUGACGAGGCUCGUCUCUCCAGGACUUGAGAGGAGUAGAGAAACACAAAGCACUUGUUUUGGGCGAGCUGCAGUGUGCAUCUGUGUGUCGUGCAGUCUUGCACCAUAUGAUCAGACACUCCAGAGAAAUAAUAAUAAUAAUAAUAAUAAAAACAUUUCUCCAUCUCUCGCAGUAUUUGUGUUGUAAAGUCAUUUCAAAAAGAGUGUCUGCCAAAAGACUAAACGCAUUGCGUCCCUGAAGGUCCAAUUACUUUUCUCUGUAUCAGCUCUUGUUUGAAGACACUUACCUACUCCAGAUGCACUUUUGUCACAAGAAUCCAGUGCAAAACAUAUGUAGUGAGGUGUGCCGUGACUAAAAUGUCAUCCUUAUUAACUACCUGGCCAAUGAGCUCUCUUCCUACCAUAAUAUAUAAGCUGUUGUUUAGGCCUCACGGAAUGCGUCAUGGUCGAAAACUCGCCCCUUCCUUUCGUUGCUACGGACUGCAGUGGUAUGUGCUGUUAGCUUUGUCGCUUAGCUGUGUGAUGCUAGCGUUGUCCACUUAUCAUGCGAUUUAUUUGUUUAGUGUGACGUUGGGCUACCGAGACUGUGUAUGUGUGGUGUGCUGCUUGCUCUCAGUGUAGUGUGCAGUCAGGCCUCUCAUCUGUGUAGCAUGGCAGUUUAACGUAGCCCUGGUCGGAGCGCCAGUUGCUGCUGUCACAACUAUUAAACAAGCUAUCAUAUGGUUUUCGGUUUCCGGAUCACGGUAGGUAAAUCGCUUAGUUCAAUUAUUUGAGCUAAAUGAUUUUGUAUGCUUUCCAAAUUGAGGUUGUAACACCUGUUUGUUGUUCUUAGGGUCCUUGAUAUUGCAUGCGUUAAGGCAGACUGAGUGAGUGCGGUCGUUUUGGUAUAGCUCCUCCCCCUUACUCGCAGAGCCACCUUGCUGCUUUGGGGCUGCUUUGGGGCUGCUUUGGGGCUGCUUUGGGGCUGCUUUGGGGCUGCUUUGGGGCUGCUUUGGGGCUGCUUUGGGGCUGCUUUGGGGCUGCUUUGGGGCUGCUUGAUUUUGUUGCUUCAGUUUGUUUUGCCUUUUACUUUGUGCUUGUUUGUGUUUUAAUUUGCUUUAUUUUGUUCUGCUUUGUUUUGUUAUUUUGUGUUGGUUACUGUCACUAACAUCAGUUUUCUUUAAUUCAACUGUGUUGUAACAAUCUGUAUCAAUUAUGCUGAUACUGCUGUGCAGUAGUAGUCAUUUUGGUCAGCUUUGGUAAACUUGCUACCUGCAAUCAGUUUGAGUGUGGGGUUAUCUUUGUUUUUGUGAUAGUAAGUUUGUCUUUGUUUUGUUUUAUUCUUUUGUUUGUCUGCUUUGAGUGUAUUGUAAUUGAUUUUGUGUGUUUUUGUUUUCUCCUUGGAGGAGCUGAGUGCUUCCUGAGGCUGUGGGGGAGUUCUUUGCUGCACCUUUGGCUUUACUUAAUUAAGGGUUGUUAUUAUUGCUGUGUUUAUUUGCAGUGAAUUUUGUGGGUAUGAUUCUGAUUAGUGGGGUGCUUUUCCCUUUUGUAUAGCUGGUGCUGUCGUACUAGCCUGCCCUUCAUACAGGAAGCCUCAGUCCUCCUAUGAUUAUAGUUAAUGUGACUGUUUUAUUUGACCAAUGCUUGACUGCGUUGGAUGUUUCUUCUAAAAUAAUUCUUGGCAGGUCUUUUUAACUUCAAAAUAAAAUGUAUUUUUAUAUGGAAACCCAUGCCUCUUGCCUGUUCUAAGUGGAACGUACUUACAUGUCUUUAUUUUGGUUAUUUCCCCGUUUUCUCAGGGUGGCGUGGUUUGUACAAAACGAAACGAACGAGCCACAUUGCUACACAUAGAUUCUUACAGCUGCUGGCUUUAGGUCCAAACUGAAAUGCACUUAAACUUCCCUGUUGCAGUAAAGUAGAACCGCAGGCAGAGCUGCAUGUAGGAGAUCCAACCAGCAGACGGCGAUGCCUACCCUCAAUGAUCAGAGGAAGAACACGAGAGAGGGGAAACGUUAGAAGUUAAACACUUUAUCGCUCCUGUGAUACGACAGAGAGGUCUCGUUCCAACUCGUUUCAAAAAGUGUGUUCAUGAUGUAUAGAAUGUUCUCUUCAUUCUUUUUUUCUUUCUUUUUUUAAACUUAUUUUAUACAUACUGAUGGUUCAUUUGUAAAUAGCCAUGUAAUAAUUAUUUUUAACUUGUUAGAAGAAGAAAAUAACAGAAAGGAAGUUAAUAGAUAUUUUGAUUGUAAACUUUUCGUCAAAUGUUUAAUGGACCAAAGUUGGUUUUAUAUUGAGUGUCCUCUCUGUUGUUGAUGUUGGCUUAACUCUUUAAGCAUGUGUUUUUGAAUUGUUUGUUACGUUUCUUCUUCUACACGUUUCCUCCUACAUUAAUCACAGCAGGUGUUUUUUGACAUGUGAUUUCUAUGCUGUGCAUGCAUUGCAGGUUUGUAAUUUUUUUUUGUUUCUUUUUUUCCCCCGAAAAGAUGUGCUGUGAUGAGGUUUAUGUAAGUGGUCCUGCUUUUUCCUGCCUUUUUGUCGUCUUCUUGGUAACACUCACUUCCUCCCCGUUGUGUCUUGCGCACAUUGAGAGAAAACAGCGUCGAUGUGUCUUCUCGUUAGAAAAAGGAAACAUACUUUUACACUUUUAAUGAGAUCACAACAAAGCCUAUUUUUUUUUUACAACACGCCUUUUGAACGAUGGUUCUUAAAAUAUGUCUAUUUUAAUAUUUACUUGUUACAGGAUAAUGUACAUAAUUGUAAUAUAUACCUGAAUAAAUUUGAUU